CACGAAGGAUAAAUUACUGGUGUUCUUCAAAAUAAAACCUGAUGUCAUUACGGCAGACAAUUUAGCAGAUGUAUUUGUCUCAUCUAUGAUUGACUCACCAAUAUCUUCACUUUAUCACUCUCUUCAGACUCUCUAUGCUCCAAUAUUACUAAAGGAUUCAGAAUGGAGUGGGACGUUAGACCCCAGGCUGCAGUCCUUGGUGACAGAACUCUCGGAAGGACUUGGGAGCAUGUUACGUAAACAAUCUUCGGAAGGUGAUUCAGAUAAGGGAGCCUCAUCAUCACAUUUAGCAGGAAUUCUGACCGUUAAGGAUGAAACCCAGUACUGGGCUGACAUGGCAAACAACCCUAAGAAUCGUGAUGAAAAGGAAAUGGCUCAGGGCUUUUACAAUUGCCUUGAUCCAAUUGCAAAGGAAUUCAGUGGGUUGGAUGCUGUGUCUCUCCUAGAUGCAGAAGAUAUUUUGGAAAAUACCCAUAACUUGUUGGAUGAGUUGUGGAGGCUAGACUACCCGCAGUCUCGUAUGGAGCACCUUCUGGAUAUCAUAGCAAAUCAGAUUACUCGUUAUGUCCAGGGAAAGUUAAGUGAGGAGGAUCUGUGGGGUGGACAGUUCACACAGAUUGAGAAGAACCUAUCAGAAGGCAUUACUCUGUGUGAUCGAUGGGUGGACAGCUGUGGCAAACUUACUGGCAUAUUUUGGAAGAGUGGUGUGGAUCAGAUGUGGGAAAACGAUGCAUUUGUCCCAGAAUACUGCAAGAAUGUUUCAAAACGCCUGAAUGAAAUUCUGAGUCUCCGGACUCUGCACAAACAAUUGACCAGACUUUUGUCCAUUAGUGAGCAGGAGGAACUGAAAACAGCUGAGUCAUUCAAGCCAUUUGCUGGGCUAAAACCUGUUCAGUAUAACCCUUACACAGAACCCUUAUGGCAAGCAGCAGUACGCCAGUUUGAGAAUUCCCUCAAGCCAGCUGAGCAGAGGAUUGCAGGUAAAUUGAGAGCUCAGCUUAGAAAUAUGAACUCAAGUGCCUAUCAACUAAUGCAAGAAUUCAAGAGGUACAAAGAAUUGAUCAAGCGAGAAAGCAUACAGCAAGAACUUCUUUCUGAGAGAGAAAUGUUACUCAGUGAACUCAGCAGUUACAUCCGCACAAUUAGUUCGGAUUUCAGUAGCACGGCUGUUAAUGGACCAAGACGUUUAGCAAAUGUUCCUGAGGUUGUUAGCAACAUUUAUUGGGUCAAACCUAUUCAUGCAAAAGUGGUGGACAUUGGAAAGACAGCUGAUGCACUUCUAAGUGAUCUUAAUGGUUACGAUGACCUGAAGCGAAACAUUGGAGAAUUCUGUGAGGAACUUGAUGACUAUCACAAUGACCACCUUGCCACAGACUCCCCCGUGUUGUCAUUCAGCAGCAGCCGAUUGCUUCGCGUGAAUUACAACCCACGACUCGUUGGCUUAGUGAGGGAGGUCAGUCAGCUAUCCAUCCUAGGUCACAAGAUACAUCCUGACAUAAUUAAGACGUCAAAGCUUGCCCAGAAGUUUAUGAAGCAGGCAAAAGCACUUGAAGAGAUUGCCAACUUCCACAACACAAUAGGUGACCAGAUGAUCCCGUCUCAGCGAGCAAUGAUGCUGGAAGCUGCCUUGGCAUUGUCCGGGCUGGUACAGGAGCAAAAUAACAUUACUUGGUCCAACACAGAGGAAUUAGACUCAUACAUUGGCAGACUCAAAGCUGCAACACAGAGGCUGGCUCGUGAGAACAAGCAGUUGGCCCAGUGUCACCUCAUGGUGAAGGAACGGGUACUUCAACUGAUGAACACUGACCUCUUGAGGCACCAGCCCAAGUGGAAGGAGCUCUUGAAGGAGAUGAGGUCCAUCAUGCACCAGCUGGAUGAGAAGGGCUUCUCCGACCAGAAAUCUUGGUGUUCACACUGGGACCGCCAACUAUACAAGGCUCUGGAGCAUCAGUACCAACUAGGGAUUGAAGCCCUUAAUCAGCACCUUCCAGAGUUCAAAGUGGAAUUGACAUAUAGAGGUGCCUUUUGGGUCAAUAAAACUUUCUUGUGCACAGGCAUGAUGCAGAAAGGAUUCCUUGUGACAGUUGAGAAUGUUAAUGCUAAACUAUCUUCAUUGGUUGUAAUGGUUUUAGUUAUCAACAUCCAUUUUCCCAUUAUCGUCGACCGAAAUGCCCACCGCUUCACACAGCUCUUUCAGAGGGCAGAGGAGCUCUUUGAAAGAUUGGAAAAGGUCAAGGAACGCUUUGUUGACCUGUGUGCCCUUGGGUCAUGUGACAUUGAGCAGCUGGUAGGAAAGCAUUGUAAAGUUGCAGAGGACUGGGACAGUCUACACAAUGCUAUUAUUGAGGACAUCAAUGCCAUUGAGAAAUUUACUGAAAGUGCAAUAGAAGUCCUAAAAAGGCAGCCACAAACAGUAGAAGAGAUUGCAGAGGCCAGCAACAAGCACGCACAGUAUAUGGCUGAGCGCAAAGAACACACGAGCACUGGCCACUGGGACCAUAUGACGAGAGUGAGGCAAGUCGUGUCUCGUGUCACAAUGCAGUGGGAUAAUUACAAAACACUUAUGGAUAACCAUGAGCAGAUUGUUUCAAAGCAGAUUGAAGCUAUCAAAGCCAAUCUUCAAAGCCAAACCAACAAUUUCAAUCACAUAGGUUGCCUUUUGGAACCUGUAGCACUGCAGGACAUCUUCAGUCAAAAAGACUAUGAGCACUUUGGGAUGGGAGAACCUUACUUCCCCAUGAUUGACGAGAUUGAAGAAAGCUUGAAACAGCAUGAACAAGUGUGGGGUCUGUUUGAUGAGUUUAACAGCAGCAUGGAGGAGUUUUCCAAGGAGGAAUGGAUUGUGUUCCGGAGCAAAACUUACCGUUUUGAGGAGUUUUUGGCCAAUUGGAAUGACAAACUUCGUUCAUCGGGUGAAACCACAGUUGUAACUGUCCGGCUCAUCCAUGAACUGGAAAAAUACAGAGCGAUGUUACCAGUGUUGAAGUAUGUCCGUGGAGAGGUGUUUUCUGAGAAGCACUGGAUAGAGAUGUAUAGUAUUCUUGGCAUUCCAACCAAUGUCACCAUCGAUAAGCUCACUUUCGGACAUUUCUUGAAGGUCCGUGAUGAGAUGAUAAACCAGAAUGAUGUUCUAAAAGAGAUGAAUGCUAAAGCUGCAGGUGAGGUUGUGAUCCGGCAAGCCCUUGGAGAACUGGAUGUGUGGGAGGUGGAUGCACGGCUCACCCUCAUCCCCCACUUGGACUCCCGCAACAAUGAGAUCAUGCUUAUCAAGGAAUGGAAGGAUAUCAUUAACAAGGUUGGUGACCAUCAGAGCCUUCUGCAGUCUCUGAAAGACUCUCCCUACUUUGGGGGAUUUGCAGAUCGGGCUCGCAUGUGGGAGCAACGCCUAGCUGACCUUGAUGAAUACCUGACCAAUUUGAAUCAGAUUCAGAGAAAAUGGGUGUACUUAGAGCCCAUCUUUGGAAGAGGUGCACUACCCAAUGAACAAGGAAGAUUUCGUAGAGUUGAUGAUGACUUCAAAGCAAUCAUGGCAGAUGUUGCAAGGGAUAAUAAGGUGGUGUCACUCUGCAAAAUCAAUGGCAUUCGAAACACUCUUACGACACUUCUUGACCAGCUUGCUAGAUGCCAAAAGAGCCUAAAUGAAUACCUGGAAGAAAAGAGAUCAGCCUUCCCUCGCUUCUACUUUAUUGGCGACGAUGAUCUGCUGGAGAUCUUGGGUCAGGCCACGAAUCCUGAAGUCAUUCAGGCCCAUUUGAAGAAACUGUUUGCUGGAAUCCACAAUGUAAGAUUUGAUGAAGAGAACUCUCACAUAAUAGCCAUGAGAAGCUUAGAAGGAGAAGAUGUUCCACUCAAAAGGCCUGUUCAAAUAUCUACAGAGGUUGAGGACUGGUUAUACCGUUUAAGUGAGGAGAUGAAGAUGACACUCCGUCAGCUGCUGAGUGAAUGUCUAGAAGAAGCACGCAGCGAAGCAGGAAUGGACCCUCUCAAGUAUCCCUCUCAGAUCCUGUGCUUAGCUGAUGCCAUCCUCUUUACUGAGCGCUGUGAAGAGUCUAUCAGGGAGGGCAGUCUGACAAGCUACCAAAAGGAACUUGAGGCAAAGCUGGAAUCAUACACAGGAGUUGACCUUAGCUCUGAUGGCACCCCUGAGGGCAAAAUCGACAGCCUUGUCUUAGAACUGAAGUUGAAAGCAUUGAUUUUGGACACAAUUCACAACAUUGAUGUUGUUCAGAUCCUGCUGCAAGCCAACACAACAUCCUUGUUAGACUGGCCCUGGCAGAAACAGCUCCGAUUCUAUGUAGGCGAUGGUGGUUCAGCUCUCAUGCGGAUGGUUGAUGCACAGUUUGAUUACACAUAUGAGUACCAAGGCAAUGCUCCAAAGCUGGUCCACACUCCAUUGACUGAUAAAUGCUACCUAACGUUAACACAGGGCAUGCACAUGGGAUUAGGUGGUAAUCCUUAUGGUCCAGCUGGAACAGGCAAGACAGAAUCGGUGAAAGCACUUGGGAACCUAUUUGGACGGCAAGUUCUCGUUUUCAACUGUGACGAGGGCAUUGAUGUGAAGAGCAUGGGCCGUAUAUUUGUUGGUUUGGUGAAGUGCGGUGCUUGGGGCUGCUUUGAUGAGUUUAAUAGAUUGGAGGAGGCAGUGUUAUCAGCUGUUUCCAUGCAGAUCCAGACCAUUCAGGCAGCUUUGAAGUCACAAGCCUCCUCGACCAUGUUGCUAGAUUUACAGGUUCCUGUUGAUCCAAACUCAGGGAUCUUUAUCACGCUCAACCCAGCUGGCAAGGGCUAUGGUGGCCGACAAAAGCUGCCAGACAAUCUGAAACAGCUGUUCAGGCCUGUUGCAAUGUCCCGUCCUGACAAUGAACUGAUUGCAGAGGUCAUCCUGUUUUCUGAGGGUUUCAAGGAAGCCAAGAGCCUAGGGCGUAAACUGGUGGCCAUUUUCACACUGUCGAAAGAGCUCCUGACACCACAGCAGCACUAUGAUUGGGGUCUGCGAGCCUUGAAAACAGUGCUGAAGGGCUCUGGAAACCUUCUUCAGUUAUACAGAAAAUCAUUGUCAGAUGAAGAAAAGGCAUCUGGGAUCAGCUUAACAGUUGAAGCAGAACUUGUGGUACAAGCUCUGAGGCUCAACACACUGUCAAAACUAACCUUCUCAGACAGUUCAAGAUUUGAUGACUUGGUGAAAGACGUGUUCCCUGAUGUGAAAUUCAGGGGUGUAGGUUAUGAAGACCUAGCUAGUAUUCUCCAAGAAGUCUUUACUGAAAUGGGUCUCAUACCAAAUGACAGGCAAAUAAAGAAGGCACUAGAGCUUUAUGAACAGCUUCAGCAGCGUAUGGGAGUGGUAAUUGUAGGUCCUUCAGGAUCAGGAAAAACAACAUUAUGGCAAACUCUGCGUCAGGCUCUACUCAGGAUGGAACAACAGGUGAAAAAAUAUGUCAUGAACCCUAAGGCCAUGCCCAGACAGCAGCUUCUUGGACAUAUUGAUCAUGACACGAGAGAAUGGUCAGAUGGUGUCUUGACAGCUUCUGCACGUCAGGUGGUGAAAGAACCCACAGAAGUUACUUCAUGGAUCAUCUGUGAUGGAGACAUUGAUCCAGAGUGGAUUGAAUCGCUCAAUUCUGUGUUGGAUGACAAUCGACUGCUAACUAUGCCAUCUGGUGAGAGAAUUCAGUUUGGACCUAAUGUAAAUUUCCUCUUUGAAACCCAUGACCUUUCAUCUGCAUCACCAGCCACAAUCUCACGGAUGGGAAUGAUAUUCUUAAGUGAUGAAGAUACCAACAUCCAGGCAGUCGUCAGUGCAUGGCUUUCCUCACAAGAAGAAAGCACUAGGAAGUAUCUUGAACCUUAUAUUGAAGAGCACUUUUUCAAAGCGCUUGAAUGGGUGCUGCGUGCAGGAGAAGCCCAAGUGGAAACAACAUUAGUUGGAUGGGUCUUGAAUGGCCUCUCUCAUCUGCCUGGGGUAACAAGUAAAGUACACUUUGCCCUGGCACUGGUAAGAGGUCUGGGUGGCAAUCUCCCUGAAAACAUUAGGGCAGAUUUUGCGCGAGAGGUCUACUCAUGGGUUGGCGAACAUAUUCCUGACCAACGAAAACCUUUGAAUAUUUACUAUGAUUCUGCCCGAGACCGUUUAGAAACUUACACAUCAGAAUCCGCAGAUAAAAUUGGAGCUGAUACAGAUGAAAUGCCCCUGAUAUUGACAUCAGAUGCAUUGUGCUCUUUGGAUUACUUCAGUCCAUGGCUUGAGAUGGAGACACAACAGCCAUUCAUCUUGGUUGGGCCUGAAGGAUGUGGAAAAAGUCUGCUGCUUCAUCACUGCUUCUCAAAACUGAGGAGCACACAAGCAACAAUGAUCCAUUGCAGUGCAUAUACAGCUCCUCAACAUAUCCUACAGAAACUUUCCCAGAUGUGCAUGGUGAUAUCCACCAACACAGGGCGUGUAUACCGUCCAAAGGAUUGUGAAAGAUUGAUUGUAUACUUGAAGGACCUGAACCUCCCAAAGCCAGAUAAAUGGGGCACAUGCCAGUUGAUUACAUUUUUACAGCAGGUUGUGACAUAUAAUGGAUUCUAUGACCAGAACUUGGAAUGGGUUGGGCUAGAAGGAGUGCAAAUUGUAGCAUCCAUGACAAGUGGGUCUGCAUUAGGGCGCCAUAAACUCUCGACUCGCUUCACGUCCAUAGUUAGGAUUGCAUCCAUUGGGUACCCUGAACGUGACCAGCUAGUGAACGUGUAUGGAGCAUACUUGCAGUCAGUGCUCAAUGUUGUGGCUCCAGAGCAUAAGGUCUGGGGAGCACAGACCAAAGCACAGCAAUUAGCCACGUCCAUGGUCAACGUUUAUCAUCACUUGCGUGAUGCCUUCAGCGUAGAUGACUACAGCCAUUAUCUUUUUACACCUCGUGACUUAACACGAUGGGUCCUUGGACUGUUGCGAUACAAGAUAGAUGCAGAAGAUGCAGCGCUUCAGCCAUUGCUUGAAGUCUGGUUAUAUGAGGCCUGCAGAAUGUUCCGUGAUAAGCUUGCAGAAGAUGAGGAUAUUCAGAAGUUUGAUGCACUGAUAUUAUCAACGUUACAUUCAGACUGGGGCGUUGAUCUUAGGGAACACAUUACUGAUUCAUACUACGUGACUUCAGGCGCUGGUGUUGUUGCUCCAGGUGCUCCACUGCCUGUCCAUGGCUACAAGUUGGGCUUCAUGAGCAAUGAGGAUUGGACACAUUUGGUUGAGCGAGCUGUGUUGCAAUUCAGCCGGGAGAAACAAGAAUUAGAUCUGCUCAUUUUCCCAGAGGUCCUGGAAGCAAUGGCACGUGUGGAUCGUGUACUGACAUCGCCUGGAGGAUCACUUCUCAUGGCUGGCAGGUCAGGGGUUGGGCGUAGAACAGCAGUAUCAGUCAUUGCAUUCCUCCAUGGCAUCAAAGUUGUUUCUCCAGCCAUGACAUUAGGAUAUGACAUUAAAAAUUUCAAGACUGAUCUGAAGCAGGUGAUGCAGACAGCUGGUGUAGAUGGUGAGCAAGUUCUUCUCCUUCUAGAAGACCAUAAUUUAGUGUCAUCAGCCCUUUUGGAAGUCAUCAAUUCUCUCCUGAUGGCUGGUGAGAUACCUGGUCUCUACACAUCAGAAGAAUUGGAUCCUCUCCUCAUGCCACUGAGAGAUGAAGCAGCACAUGAAGGAUUUAGAGGAUCUCAGUAUGCCUACUUUGCAUCCAGAGUGAAGAAGAACCUACAUAUUGCCUUGAUUAUGGACUCUAGCAACCAGGACUUUACCCUCCAGUGUGAGAGUAAUCCAGCUCUGUACAAGCAAUGUGCUGUUCUAUGGAUGGAGGGAUGGUCAAGGGAAACUAUGGUGCAGAUCCCCAGCAUGUUGCUCAAAGAGAGUGAGUUGGAUUCAAAAGACUCCGUAGAAUUCCAGCAGACUUUCCUUGCCAUUCAUGAAAGCCUUCCUGUCCACCUCUCAACCCCAAGAAGGUAUCUAGUCCUACUCAACACAUAUCGCACCAUUUACAACACCAAGAAGGAAGGGGUCCUGCACCGACAGGGCCACUUGAAGGCUGGUGUGGCCAAACUAAAUGAAGCUCAAGAGGUUGUGAGUAAGCUAAAGGCUGAAGCAACAGAGCAGGAAGUUAGGCUCGCCGAGAAGCAGGAGGAAGCCAACCGUGCACUCCAGCUGAUCACAAACACCAUGAAGAAUGCCAAUGACCAGAAAGUCCAGAUGGAGAACCUGAAGGAGCAGACACUCAAAGAAAACCAGAUCAUUGCUGAAAGGAAAAAGGCCAUUGACGUGGAACUGGCUGAGAUUGAGCCCUUAGUAAGAGAGGCAAAGGAAGCUGUUGGAAACAUUAAAUCAGAGGCUUUGACUGAGAUAAGAAACUUCUGCAUUCAUGAAUCAGACAAUGUUCUUAUUGCCAGAUAUUUGAAAGUUCUAAAGACCGGGGAGUCAAAGAUUUCCCCGGGAUUUGAUCCAGUUGUUGCCAAGAGAGCUUCUACAGCAGCUGUGCCCUUGACAGCUUGGGUGAAAGCCAAUGUCAAGUUUUCAUAUGUACUUGAGAAGGUGAAGCCCUUGGAACAAGAGCAGAAUAAAUUGCAGAGAAACCUGACUAGGGCAGAGGAACAGAUAGGGGAACUGUCAGCUGGCUUGGACGAAGUUGACAAGGAGGUGGCCGUCUUACGUGAAAAGCUGAAUCGCUCAACGAAGGAGGCAGUGGAAGUUGAGUUCCACUUGAAUAAGGCCAAGGAAACCAUGUCAGCUGCUGAGAGUCUCGUCACCAAGCUUGAAGGGGAAUAUAAGAGAUGGAGUCAGCAAGUGUCGGAGUUAGAUUCAGAUGUGCAGGAUCUUCCGAGGGAGGCUGUACUAGCAGCUGCGUUCAUCACAUACCUCAGCGAAGCCCCAGAAGAUACACGCAAGGCAACUCUCAUGCACUGGAGUAAAAUGCUGCAUGUUGAAGACUUUGAUCUGAGAAAGUUUGCCAGCACAGAGCGUGAGCAGCUCCAGUGGAAAUCAGAGGGUUUACCUUCAGACCAACUGUCCAUUGAGAAUGCCCUUGUGAUUCUCCAGAGUGCAAUGACACCUUUCCUGAUUGACCCAUCAUCUCGGGCAACGACCUGGCUGAGCGAACACCUGAAAAAUUCAACCGUCGAAAUCACCACUCAGCAGGACCCCAAGUUUGCAACCAAUUUAGAGUUGGCUGUCAGGUUUGGCAAAAUUCUCAUCAUUCAAGAAGUGGACAGAGUUGAUCCAAUCCUGUUCCCUUUGCUGAGAGGAGACCUCAUCAGUCAAGGUCCUCGCUUUGUCAUUGAACUUGGAGACAAGACUUUAGACUUCAACGAGAACUUCCGCCUUUUCUUGGCCACACGAAUUCCCAACCCUGAAUUGCCACCAAAUGUCAUGUCAAUCCUUACAACAGUCAACUUCACAACAACAAGAGCAGGCUUGACAGGACAGCUUCUUGCAGCCACACUUCAGGUAGAGAAACCAGAAUUGGAAGUGCGUCGAACUGAACUUCUACGGCAAGAGGAAGACCUGAAGGUGCAGCUUGUGAACUUGGAAGACCAUCUGCUCACAACUCUGGCUGAGUCACAAGGCAAUAUCCUAGAGAAUAAGGUCCUGAUAGCCUCCCUGGAAAAGUCAAAAUCCAGCGCAGCAACGAUUGAGACUUCACUAGAAGAAUCAGUGUCCUUGCAAGAAUCGCUGGAAAAUGAAAGGAAAGCCUACCUUACUCUGGCUCAGUCUGCAGCCAACCUGUACUUUGUCAUCUCAGAUCUCUCCAAGCUUAAUAACAUGUAUCAGUUCAGCCUCAAUUCCUUCAUUGCCUUGUUCCACAAAGCACUUCAAACACCACAGGAUGGAAGUGCCACAGACAACCGCAUUAAGGUGCUCCAAAGAUCCCUGAUAGAUCUUGUUUACAGCUACAUCAGUCGGUCACUAUUCAAGGCAGAUCGACUGAUGUUCGGCCUCCACCUUGUACAUGGGAUGUAUCCUAACCUAUUCCAGAAAAAUGAAUGGCAAGCAUUUACAGGACAGCUGGUCACUGAUGUAAAGGCGGAUGCUACAGAGCUAAAGGAAGCUCUGCCGAACUGGAUUGAUGAGGAGAGAGCUUUUGCUGUAGCCCUGUUGAGGCAAACUUUCCCUGACUUGUACAACAUGCUGAAUCUGGAUGACAUGUCGAUGUGGUCAGGUUUCUCCAACUCCAGCCACUGUGAACUCGACUUCCCUGUCCAGCUCAACCAGAAGCUGUCUUCAUUCCAACAGCUGCUUGUUGUUCAGGCCAUCAGGCCAGACCGUCUACAAUCUGCAAUGGUCAACUUUGUGACAAAAGCUUUGGGAAUGAAGGAGCUGUCUCCACCAGCAUUGAAUUUGCGACGUCUCCUGUCAGAGACAGUGGCUAUGGAGCCAAUACUUAUCAUCAUAUCUGCUGGUGCUGACCCAUCUCAGGAGCUCUUGGACCUGGUGAAAAGCACAGUGGGAUCUAAUGCCUAUCAUGAGGUAGCAAUGGGUCAAGGCCAGAGCGAAAUAGCUGUUAGACUUCUCCAUGAAUGUGCAAAAGCUGGACACUGGUUGUGUUUGAAGAACCUGCACUUGGUUACUGCUUGGCUACCAACACUUGAAAAAGAGUUGAACAACCUUCAUCCACAUGACAAUUUCCGCCUCUGGCUUACAGCAGAACCCCACCUCAAGUUCACUCCUAUUCUGUUGCAGACAAGCUUGAAAGUUACCUAUGAAGCCCCUGCAGGAAUCAAGAAGAACCUCCAGCGUACAUAUGACUCAUGGAACCCAGAACUGAUUGCACGUGAUAAUAACGUGAAUCGAGCACAGACACUCUUUGUGCUGGCUUGGUUCCAUGCCAUUGUUCAGGAACGCAGAACUUACAUACCCCAAGGAUGGUCCAAGUUCUAUGAGUUUUCAUAUGCAGAUCUGAAGGCCGGAGUUGAUAUCAUUGAUAGGCUAUAUAAGCAAGCAGGAACUGGUGACAUCAAGUGGAAUUUCAUCUAUGGACUAUUUGAGAAUGCAAUCUAUGGUGGCCGCAUAGACAACAUUUGGGACAUUCGAGUGUUGAAUGCUUAUCUUCGCAUCUUCUUCAACAAUGAUGUGGUAGGAGGCCGGAAGCCAUCAGCUGAUCAACUUGCCAAGAGUCUUGCUCUUCCCACAACUGUUAAUUAUCAGGAUUACACGAGCCUCAUUAGAAAUCUGUCAGAUGAGGAUGAUCCAAGUUACUUUGGCCUCCCAGCGAACAUUGAGAGAUCAUGGCAGCGCAUCGUUAGUUCACAAGUCAUUUCUCAACUAAAAGUUCUCAUGAGAUCUCCCGAACUAGCUGGGAGGUUUGAUCGCGAGAAAUGGCACACACAGCUGUCACCUGUACUAAACUUGUGGAAGAAGUUAAACCAGGGUGGGAACCUAAUACAAGCCAAGGUGGCAACACCAAGUUCCACAGCAGAAUCGCCAGUCAAGUCCUUUAUCCAGCUGGAGUACUAUUCAGUCAUCUCCAUUGUGCAGACUGUUCAUCGCUCACUGGCACAGCUCUCAAAAGUCAUUCGAGGAACACUCCUACUCACCAGUGACGUUCAAAAACUUGCAGAUUCGCUCCUCAGCCAAGAGACUCCGUCCAGCUGGCUGUCAUUAUGGGAAGGCCCAGAGGAUCCGUUAGAGUACUUGCGCAGUCUUGUUAGACGGGCAAACGGAAUUGGGAAGUGGGUAGCCAGAAGUGAUCAAGGAAAUCUUCUCAAAGAACCUUUAGACCUGUCAGAUCUCCUUCACUCAGCCACUUUUCUGAAUGCUCUCAGGCAACAAACUGCAAGGGAAUACAGCACCUCUAUGGACAGCUUGGUUUUUGUUACAUCCUGGUCUCGUGGUGGAAUACCUGAUGCAAAGUUGACAAUGAAAUGGUCAGGGCUGCAGAUGGAAGGUGCAACAUUUGACGGAUCUCGCCUACAACAUAAUGCUCAUGAUUCAACAAGUAUCUCUGUUGCUCCUCUCUGUGUUGUAGCUUGGGUGCCCAAGGAACUGCAGAACAGGCUGUAUCAUGACGAACUACUCUCUGUGCCAGUCUACUCUUCAGCCAACAGGGAGCAGGUGGUGGCAAGUGUAACCAUACCUUGUCCAUCACCACACUAUGAGUGGCAUCAAGCAGGUUUAGCUCUUUUCCUUUCCACUUAGAGAAAAAGCAUCAAAUGUUAUGAAGUAGUGAGUAUAUAAGAAUAUAGAGCAAAAUCUAGUAAUUUCCACACAACACAGACAGUAAUCUUGUUUGUUGAAUGUUGGAUGCUAUUUCUGAGUUGCUGUGCAAAAUCACAUUCAAAUAUAUUUUAAUGAAUUACUUUAAAUAAAAGUAAACUUUUAA